AUGUGUUUUUCCAAGAAGUACAACAAGAAGUGCUUCAAGAAGAUGCAAGCAAAUAAUGCCAAGGCCAUGAGCGCAUGCUCCGAGGCUAUCAUGGCCCUCUUCAAGCCCAAGGAGGUCAAGCCCAAGAUCAUUCCAAAGGGAGUAGGCCUCAGGCUUGCUCGACUUGCCUAUACUGCCCUCCACAAGCUUGUGAAGCGUAUCCGUGUGCACACUGCCAAGGGUCCCAGGCCUCACCAGCCAAAGGUCCAGGCUCCAGCUUCUGCUCCACCCAAGGCCCAGGGUCCCAUAAAGGCUCCACAGUAA